AUGACCUCCAUGAUCCUCUGCACGAGGAACUGCGACGAGCGCGCGGCGGCCAUCCUGCGGCAGCACUACGGCCGGCCGUACUUCCUGCCGCCCCCUGGAGGCGGCGGCGGGGGCGGGGGCAAGCUGGAGUGGAUCUACCUCGCGGGCCCCGGCUACAGGGAGACGAUUCACAUGGACGUUGUGGACCAACCCUCGUGGCAAGCGCAGCUUAAGGGCAGCAAGAGAUGGUUCCUGCAUCCGCCACCAGAGUGCUACUACCAGUGCGAGUCGCUGGAGGUCACCCUUAAACCAGGAGAAAUAAUUGUGGUGGACCCCACCAGGUGGUACCACGAGACGACAGUCAUCUCCAGCGAGUACAGCAUCACAGUGGGCGCGCAGUUCGACACGACCUGGUGA